AAAUCGCCUUUGUAGGCAGACGGAGCAGGGAAAGAACGCCCGGCGCGCCUACAAGCAGUCGGAGCAGGGAAAGAAAGCCCAGCGCGCCUACGAGCAGUCGGAGCAGGGAAAGAAAGCCCGGCGCGCCUACAAGCACGUGCGGGCGGAGCGUCGUCCGUGAGCGGCGCGCUUUCGCCGCUUUCAUUCGCCCCAGCAACUGGACCGCCAUUGCGCCUUCGCCCUCGCCAUCGUCUAGCUGAUCUUCCUGCAGCAGCGCCCUUUCUACCUGUUGUGUGUGGUUACAAGGUGGUGAGCACGACGUGCAUUCCUGUCCUUGUAGAAACCGAGGCCCGGGCCGGGGGCCCCUUAUAACGCCUGCAACACUUAUAUAUGCAGCUACUUUGGUCCCCGAAUGGGGGUGCUUCUGCUCCUGUGCUCCCAAAUGGAAUCUAGUAACGCGGCUAACCUGGCUGGGUCCGUAUUCUGCAUAAGGGCCUGCAUCCCGCCUGUAAAAUCGAUCUCGCUACCCGAACGCAACUGGUCGUAGGCCGUACACCGCAUGAGCACAUGAUUCUCAGCUGGUCUUCCUGCAGCAGCGCCCUUUCUACCUGUGCUGCGGCAACCCCGCAACCAUGGCGACGCCCAAUCACCCGCAUUUCGGCAAGUCGUACCUGGGCAAGCCCUACCGCAGCAAGAAGACGGGCAAGUGGCGCCGCAACACCUGCUACUUCGGGCUAGACCCCUCCUUCGCGCCGAUCUAUGUGCCCCUUGACAACACGUCCAUGGCCCGCCUUCCUGGGCUGCUGCCCACCCUGGCAAGGCGCCAUGGCGAGGUCUUCGCCGGUGCAGGCGCGGGCGCCGUGGCACCCUCCUCGUUUGUCCAGGCCGCGUUUGGCGGCGGGGGCAUGCAGUCGUCUGCCACGCUGAACGCCGUCGGCUGGGGCCUGUUCCAGCUCGGGGGUGUGACCUCCCGCAACGCCCCCUUCGCCAAUUACAUCACCACGGACGGGGUGGCCUGCAGCGUGGCGCGAGAAGCGCACAACAAGCCGCUGGCCAACUUGAAGCCGGCGACCGCGCCCGCCGAUGCGGAGGAGCUGUGCACCCUGGAGGAGAUGAAGGCCACGCAGAUCAUCGGUGUGGACCCGUGCGGGGGAGGGAAUUGGUUCAUGGCAGCACGGUCUCCGCUGUACCAGCCAGGGCCCUGGGCUUGGGAGGGUGUCGGGGAGGGUGUCAGCCCUGCCCAGCGCUACCUGCUCGAGCUGCACGACAAGCAGCUGGAUGAGGAGUUGUUCCCUGGGCAGCUGCCGCCGAAGCCGCGUCGCAGGCGCAAGGGCGUCAGGCGCAAGGGUGGCGGGCGCAAGGGGGGCCACCGCCGGAAGCAAUCGAAGCACUGGCAGCCGCGAGCCAGGACAGCGCGGCGGCGGCGCCAGAAGCGGGGCCGAUUCCUUAUGAGCAUGGGCCACUGGCGGCACAUGUCAGGCCUGGAACGACUCCAGCCAAACCGCCCACAGCUUGCGCCAGCCCUGCAGGCGUACGUCGGCGGCAUCCCCACGGCGGCGACCGCGUCGGCGGCCCGGUUUGAAGAGCGCCUGCGCUACCUCUUCGCCGGUGGGGCGGCAGGGCAGGCGGCGGGGCAGGCGGCGGGGCAGGCGGCGGGGCAGGCGGCGGGGCAGGCGGCGGGGCAGGCGGCGGGGCAGGCGGCGGGGCAGGCGGCGGGGCAGGCGGCGGGGCAGGCGGCGGGGCAGGCGGCGGGGCAGGCGGCGGGGCAGGCGGCGGGGCAGGCGGAGGCGGCGGGCGGGGCCGGCAGAGGCGGCAGGCCCAAGGAGGAGGUGGUGGUGGGGUGGGGUUCGUGGGCCUUCCAGGGAGGGAAGGGCGGCUCCCCCAUCUCCGUCAGGGGCGGGCGCGCGCCGACGGGGCGGCUCAUCAAGCUGCUCCGUGAGCGCUACGCCAAGCAUGUGUUCAUCAUCGAUGAAUACAAGACCUCCAAGACCUGCUACAACUGCGGGUGUCAGGAGAUGGCCAUCAAGCGGCUUGGGGGGCUGAAGGAGGGGCAGCGGCCCUGGUCAGUCAAAGUCUGCAACGACUGCUUGACGACCUGGAACCGCGACGUCUCCGCCGCCAACGUGAUCCGUGUGCUCCUCCUGCUGAAGCUGAUGGGCUUCGAGCGGCCGACCAAGCUGCAGCGGCCGCCAUGGCCGCCGGCGGCGGCGGGGCCAGGCUGAGAGCCUGAACGGCGCUAGCAGGGGGUGGGGCUGAGGGUGCACGUGUUGAUUGGCGGCGAGUGACGUGACUAGUUUGUUAGCUGCGGGUUAGCACGGACUGUGCACCCCACCCAACCGGCCACGUCCGGAUUUGCGGGGAUGCCAAAGGCCCCCAACAUAGAGGCGUGUGCUUAGUAGGCGCCCGCGUCAAGGUGGCUGGGUUGAUCACGACCCGGGAUCAGCCCUUUUCCUGCCAUAAGGCAGCCACCUCCUUGUCACCACCCCACUUGUCACUGCUAAGUUGGCUUGCCCCUUUCCCCGAAGGGGGAGGGGCAAUAGCCAUUGCGGUCGCAUCGAGCUCGCCGCGGGGGGCCCUCCCGGUUAUUCCAGUUUUGAGUUGAGUUAUAACCUUGAUACCCGAGCGCAGCGAAAUUUGUCGUGCAAAUAAUGCGCCUUUCUAUGUAUGUAUUGCAAAGCGUAACUUUAUGAAAACGCAAGCCCUAUGCCAGAGCGGGGUAAACGCACAAGCGCAGCGUUUGCAUUAUAGCUCCAGCGCAACAUACAAUAUAUCACAAAUUGUAUCGAUAAUCAAGGCUCCCGGCACGGAAGGACGCAAGACGGAGGAAUCGACGCGUUGGAGGAUCCCGGAAAUUGCGCGCGAAAGCGCGAGGCGCAAAAGGUUGGCGCUAUCAGUUUUAGUUUCCCCGCAAUGACGAAUGCCGCGUUCUGUAUUCUGCUCGCACAUCACCCGGCACAUCGGCGUUACUCUCGCCCGCUUGUCGCUGGCUUCCACGCCCUCGUGAUGGAACAUGGCAAGGGGCAGGAAAGCGUAGUCCCGAUGUGUGUGGUUCCCACCCGUGCCCACAUAAAUGCGUAGCAAGAAGGGACAAGGCAUUGGUGCGUUGUUCGCGCGCUGUUACUGUACCGACGGUAGCUGGCAGGUUGUGUCGAUGUUUUGCUGACGCGCAUGGCUUCCACGCCCUGAGUCCGUGCCCCCGCUGAGUC